AUGUCGGGACUGCGUGAUACUUCCAAGGCAAAGGGCCCAAAGAAGGUAGAGAAGAAGGAUUCCGACACUUCUUUGGGUGAGACAAUGGAUCGACCAACCCAUCCUACGUAUGUCGCCUAUAACGAACUUGCCGAAAAUAGUGCCUACACCAGUGCCAGUGGUUUCCCACCUUCCACUGGUUCAUCUAACCAGGGCUCACGUGGCCGGGGAAUGUUCCCUGGCAACGAUGCCAGCUUCCAGAUGAGCACUCAGAAUUGGCCUUUGACUAACAGCACCCACGGCGGGGCGGGUCACGCGCCUGCGGAAGGUGAUAGCCUGGACUUGUACCGUACGCUCAGCCAGCGUACCCAGGCCUUUUCGCAGGCGCUCAAUGCCCAGCCUGGCGUUCCUCCCCAGAUGGCUAAUGUCAUGUAUAGCAUUAGCCAGCUGGCCAACACCGCCUGUCAAAAGCUUCAUGCCGAACGGGAUGCUGCAGCUAAGGCUGCCGGGGAGCGCCAGACUGAGGCUGCAAUGCGUGAGAACAACCUCCAGGCUGAAGUUGGGAUACUCAGGGCUCGCGUCGAUUCCUUAGAGGAUGAGAAAAAAGCAGCUCAAGAUGCCUCGGAGGAGUUCCGCGUCAAACAUGAUGACCUAGUCAAGCGGUGGACUCGUAUGGAAGAGAAGACCACGAAGCACAUCCUAUCUCUUGAGGCCGAGAUCAAGCAGUUACAUCAACGUAAUGCUAGACUCGUUGAAGGGGUUGCAGCAGAGCCGUACGAGAGCUCAGAAAUUCAACCAGAGCUUGCCACCCCGUCGCCUCCCGCCUCGGUCCCCGUGGGACUAUCACCUCUAAGUGGAAUGGGCUCAUCUCCGGAAGUUCACACAAAAGAAAGGGGGCUGCAGCACGUAACACUUGAUCCGGAGGUGCGGGAAAGCUUAUUAGCACGACUUCACGAGCAAUACGGACCGAAGAGCGAGGGCAGCUCCGAGGACAAGUCGGAUCAUGCUACCCAUAAACCCGAUCCAGAGGCAGCUAAAAAAGAGCAGAUGAUGGCCGUGGACGGUGGAAGUACUCAGCAGACAGCCAACGCGGGCCAGCCACACUCGCUUGCCCUCGUCUUGUCUUCACGCCCCCAAACUCAUAUCGACAACACAGCUCCUGCAGGCAAGGAGUCGAAGGUGGCCCUUGGUGUGGAGAGCAGUGCCAAAGGCGAACACAACACCAGCAUGGUUCGCCACAAAAUUCACUUGGGGGCUCCGGAAGUCAGGAGUGGUAUUGAACAUAUCAUGACGGUCGCCAAGGGAUAUUGUGUGAGCUUUCACCAGAAGGAUGACGAGGGCCACAAGGUCCAGUUUGAAGCACUGAGAGAGGAGCGGCCGGAUACCUGGAACUACCUGCUCAGUCUCCUCAACGAUGAGCAUGCUGACGGACACCUAUCACAUCUCCUUGGGGUCGAAAAGUACCGACCCUUUAUCGUGAUGCGGAUUCUGCUGGAUUACCUGUACAAGAAGCUCAUCUCGCCCAACGUGUUCAGGGGGUUCAGCCCAGACAUCGACGAUAAGCUCACUUCUCUCCGAAACCAAAUGAUAGCAUUCAAUGCCAAGAAAAGUGAGACGGACCAACAAGAACGACAAAAAGUUGUCAACGAGCAUGCAAAAGUCGUUGCCUUUAUUCUGCAGCACCCCAGGAUGAAGUCAUUUCAAGAAAGCCUCACGACACACCACUCCCAGGUGUUGCAUACGAUCUUAGAGCCGAUGCAAUCCGAAUCUGUCACUCCGGAAGCUUCCAUAUCUGCUCUUCGGUUUCUCGUGUCCAUAUCCUUGGAAAUGAGCUUCAAGACCUGGUCGUCUGGGAUGACGCUACACUUUACAUUCCCAGAUGUUGGCUUCAAGUUUGCCUUGGCCACGAUGGAAGCAUGCAACGGUCCUCAGUUCGCCAGAAACCCCGAGGAGCUGCAGAAAAUGCAAGCUCGUAUCUCUUUCGUCGUAUCCCCAGUCCUAACUCUUCGUGAUGAGCGCGACCCGGCCCGGCUGGCAUGUUAUGGCAUCAAGAGGUGUAUGGUGUUAGUCAUGAGAUAA